AGCGGAGAGGUGUGGCCACGACUGGAGCCAAAAUGGCGACCACCGGACGUCAGUUUCAGACUUCGCACAGAUUCAUAUAAACCUUAGUAAGCUAACUAGCUAGCCCAACAAGGAACUACCAGAGAGUCGGCGACAGUUGAAUAUGGCUGAACUUGAUCAACACGAAGGAGAGCAGGACCUCGAAAAGAAAAUUGAGGAGACGAGACAGAGAUUCAAGAAUGAGUUCCUCCAAGAUUCAGCAGAUAAAUAUGACUCCAGAGAUGUGGAAAGGCUUCAAACAGAUGACGCUAUGGUGGAGAGCUAUCUGACAUGGAGACUUUAUGUUGUUGCUGAUGCCUUGAAAAUGAUUGAUGAAAGCCUUCAGUGGAGAAAAGAAUUUGGACUGAAUGAUCUCACUGAGAGCACCAUUCCCAGAUGGAUGUUUGAGACUGGUGCCGUCUACCUCCACGGCUAUGACAAAGAGGGCAACAAGCUCUUCUGGUUCAAAGUAAAGCUACACGUCAAGGAUACAAAAACAAUCGUGGACAAGAAGAAGUAUGUUGCCUUCUGGCUGGAGCGUUAUGCAAAGAAAGAGCCUGGGAUGCCGCUUUCUGUUGUGUUUGACAUGAACGAGUCUGGCCUCAGCAAUAUAGACAUGGAGUUCGUGAAGUACAUUAUUAAUUGCUUCAAAGUAUAUUAUCCAAAGUUUUUAUCCAAAAUGAUCAUCGUGGAUAUGCCUUGGAUCAUGAAUGCGGCAUGGAAGAUUGUGAAGUCAUGGUUGGGUCCCGAGGCAAUCAGCAAACUAAAGUUUGUGUCCAGAUCUGACGUCCAGACAUUCAUAGGCCCGGAGUACCUGCCACCUCACAUGGGUGGAACGGACCCCUUUAAAUAUAGCUACCCGCCUCUUCCUGAUGACGACUUCCAAACGCCCAUUUGUGACAAUGGACCCAUUGUUAGUGAGGAUGAGACGGAGAGCAAAGAGAGCGAAAUGGAGGGCAAAGAUGCCCUUGAGUCCAGCUUCAACUCUGAGGUUGCAGUAAAGCCCAAAAAGGUGAAUUUCCUUGAAGACAGUUUGAGAGCAGAGGACAAUGAUAAAGGAGACACAAGUGCCAGGACCAAAGGAGCCAGGAAGCCACUGACCACCUUCAAAGGCCCUCUGCUAGAGGUUAGCCCUGCAGAGGAACUCAGCUUUGGUUCUGGAGAGACUGAGAAGAAAAGUCUCAUUAUCCUGAGCAAUGUGACCAAAAAUCAAGUGGCCUUCAAGGUACGGACCACAGCACCUGAGAAGUACAGAGUGAAGCCAAGUAGCAGCUGCUGUGAACCAGGAGCUUCAGUAGACAUAGUGGUGUCCUUACAUGGAGGUUCUCAGGCCUCUCCGCAGGACAGAUUUUUGGUUAUGGCUGCCGAGAUGGACAAUGUUGGAACACAAGAACUUGCACAGUUCUGGAAAGAAGUACCAAAAACCAAGAUCAUGGAACACAGAUUGCGCUGUCAUGUUCUGGAGGGCAUUAAACCAACAUUGAGCCCUCUCAGGGACAGCCCUGUGGAUACAGGAACCGGUGGGCAGCAGGAAUUAAACACAGUGGUGAGUUCUGGAGCUCAUGCGAAUGAUGGCCUGCAACUCGCGGAUGGAGCAGAAGCUGAAUACGUGUCUGUGGGUGCAGAAGGUUCUCAUUGGGUUGGUGCUGGUCCUGAUGGUGCUGAAUCUGCUGUGUCUCUACUUGCUGGGUACAGCCCAGCGGCCAUCUUGACAUGCCACAGCUCCGUCCGCCUGUAUUUGUUGACCGCAGAAACACAUGCUGUUCCAGUGGGGCCACAGUAGACCACCUGAGGGACAGUCGUCAUGGGCUCCCCUCCCCUCCCCUCCCAUCCCCUCCCCCGCCCCGCCUUUCCCACAGGCCAUUGUCAUGGAGAUGAGGAGCAUUGACUUUAGGGACAAGUGAGUUGUUUUAGAGUUAUUCUAUGAAGAGAUUGUACUUGUCUCUUUUCAGGCACUUGAGAACAGGACAGAGACACUUUUAACAAUGUGACAUCAAAUCAUUAGUGCUUUUUUUUUUUUUUUUUAAGACUGAUCAUGGAAAAAUAAAUGUAUUUAUUGCAAAAUUCACAAUAUUUAGGAAAGAUGAGUUAUUUUUGUGAUCAUAUUGUACAAUUUUUUACAUUAUAUAAAUCUACAAAAUAUAAAAUAAACUUUUUUUUUUUCAACUUAUCUUAUUUUGUUACCAUCAAAAACAACAACGAAAACUUUUCUCCUUUUAUAGUCAAGUCAGGGAGAGAUAAAAGAGUUAAGUUGUGUAGCUAAAGGAGCAUCUCACACCGGCCUUUAUCUUGAGAUUUAGAUGUUUCGGCCACUCAGCUGUCCUGUUUGCAUAAGUACUUUAUUCACACUCUUUAAUAAACCCUCAUUAGCACGGCGGUGUCUAAUUGAAAACAUCGCAGUGUAUGACCUAACUAAACCUCUCCACACUCAGACCAAGAAGCCUCAGGAGAUCUCUGUCUCCACUAUCUCCUCCAUUUGUUUUAAUUACCCCGACAGUUGCAAACUAAAAAUACCGACACAAUUACUGGCGAGUACAAGGACGCGGCACAACCCACUUGUAGCUUAGUGGAAAGAACUGAUAUCUAUAACAAGAUCCAGCUCAGAGCAAUCAGGACAUGAGCAGCCGCACAAGGAAUGAUUACAAUUUGGUUAUUAGAUGUGUGCACAUAAGGGUUGUCUGGCAGCAACAUUUGCAGCUUGUUCACAGUAGGAGGUGGCUGCUUGCAUUCAAAGGAUGAUUAGUAAGAUUCAAGCAAUAAUGAGUAAACUAAUCCUGCAUUGAUUAUAAACACUGGGCUGUUUUGGGCGCCACAAAAUGUUUAUUCCCAGAAGAUUGCAUUGUGCUGCUUGUUCCGUAACUCAUUCUAUUUUAGGGGUAACCCUUCAUAUGGCUCCUUCUCCUCUUCAUGUAAAACGUCUCCAUUAAUAGCUGUUUGUAGAAGGAAUUAGAUAUUUUUAAGUGAAUGUGUGCGCUGGAUGUAAAACUUGCAUUUGUGUGUUUCACUUAAACCCUCAGUUAGAAAUGCAUUUUGCACUAUUUGGGUAGUAAGUGCGUAUGCACUUUAAAAAGGACGGGGGUUAAUGGAGUGUUUGCCUCUAGAGGAUAAAAGUAAAAGCUUUGGUAUCACACAUAGGUGCGUUGAUUUUUAAGUGCAUCUGAGAGCCACACAGUACCUGACUGAACCCGGGAGAUUGUUCAGAGACACUGCGCUGCACAGAGCAAAACAGAACACCACCAUCAGUUAUGCCACGAUGGCUGCAGUGGAAAAUUAUUUGAGCAGUCAUGUGACGGCCAUUUAUAGACAGACCUGUCUUACCCUUUUGCCCAAACGACGAUUAUAACAGGCAGCGCAUACUGCAUGUCUUUCUCUGCGCCUUUUGAAGUCAGAAGCUCCUCCAAAGUAUUGAUUUAACAUUACACACCAGUAAAGUCGAAACCCGGUUCAAUGUGUGGCUGGCCCCGGGUACUCAGGCGAUGUUUGAGGGGACGAUGAUUUAGUUCAAGUGGCAAAGUGGGACGGGGGGGAUCGAUGGAAAGUUAAUGAGUGCUGCAUUUAACGAGACAGGUGUGGGUGAGUUGAGCAACUGUUGCUUUUGUCACAGUGGAGAGGACGCUUAUGUUCACAGUGCACUGCGGUACCACACGCAGCCCUAUUCAUCAUCUCUAUGAAAUCAAUGCUUAUAAUCCAGCAGUGGUAACAUUACUCAAUUCCAGUAACUGUGGAGUAACAUAAAAAUGAUAGAUCCAUAAUCAGUGCAUAUUAUAUUCUGCAUACCUUCGAAAUGUGUGUUUCACUAUCUUCCUCGUAUUGCCAUCUACAGUGAACCUGUUUUCUGCUUUCCCUCCCUGUGGGGUCUGUUACCUCCACUGAUUGGAUGAAUGCAAAGACAAACACACAGGUCAGAGGUCACCGAGCCCUUGAAGAGUUUAGGGUAAGGACGGUGACAGCUGACAGGCUGCCAGGAGCUUUGGAAACAUUGCCAAUGAUGCCUUGCUCACAUUCAAUAUUUACAGGACUUGUGUGGACAAAACUAUUGAGAAAAUCAAGAAGAAGAGAUACAUAUAUUUUGAAUUGCAUGUUCCUGCUCGAGGCAGUGGAUGAACCAGUUAUUACCAUGAAAUCAGCCAGCACAUCGAAAAUACUCGAUUUGGGCAAUGGAGAGAAGAGAUGGCCUAAAUAAAACGUUGUAUUCUUUGGUUUCUGUCAUUUAAUGUCAAUGAAUGGGAGUCAAAAAUGAUGUAGAUCAUUGCUCCAUCUUCGUAGCUUUGCCCUCUCUUGUCCUCAGGUUAUUAUAAUAACUAAUAAGGCACCACAAGAAAAUUAGAAGCUAAUAAAAACCUGAUUCUCUACUUUAACAGCUGCAAAGUUCAAUUUCUCAGAUGGGCACGGAAAAGAGCAUUCAUUAUGUUGAUGUAGGACUGUAUCUUCAUGGUAAUUGGGUAUAACUGGAUUAUAACAUUAAUUUAUAUAACAAAUACUUAACUGUAAGUUUCCUAUAUAUGCGGUGUGUUUUGUCUACUUUAUUCCCAUGACAUUCAGUGUUCACGUUUCUUUUUC